CAAAUAAGCGUCGGAAGUAUUGGUACAUGGUCGAAGCACCUGGGACUUGCCUUUGCCGGUGUUUGGCAUACCAAACAACCUCUGAGCACGGACAUUACGUGAAGACUUUACUUUACAGCUCAGACUGACUGGUGUCGACUUUGGGGAGCCAUCUUUUUUCUCGAGGACCGCCAUCUGGGAGAUUUUGUAUUUGCGCGGCCUCUUGAACGAACCUGAUGCAGCAUUCACGUCCGCCUCAGAUAUUCCCUCGUUGCUCGUCCUUCAAGAAACACAGAUCCAGUAUCGACGGACCAAGGUUCACCAUUGAGCUCACUCUGCCGAAACCACUCGCGCCGCCCGCCUGGGCUUCUCUUCCUACACCUCCCAUGUCCGGUUCUCCCCCACCGGAGCAGCCUACUGAACCACCACAGAUUGCUGGUCGAAGAAGAAAGCGAUCCAAUACGCCUCCGACCGCUACUGCUACGACGAUCGCCACGUCACCGGCCACAACCCUGGAACACACUGCCCCAAGGCUGGGUGCGCAGGCAAGAGGUGGUGAGACGAUCGCAGAAUUACCUAUUCAGCCAGGUCUAUACAUAACAAACUAUCCGCUGCCAGCGUCGUAUCAGUCGGGCUCAAGCCUAGGCACCACGCCGAGCACCUCGGAACCUCGCUAUGCGCUCAGUCCAGUCUCACCUAGAGCCGCACGAAAACCAAAAGCGCAUGUGGCUUCGGCGUGUAUCAACUGCAAGAAGAAGCAUUUGAGAUGUGACAAUGCUCGUCCGUGCCGAAGAUGUGUGCAAAGCGGCAAGGAGGAAAGCUGUGUUGAUGUCGAACACAAGAAGAGAGGACGUCCUCCUCUCAAACCGGAGGACCCCUCGGCGAGACGACCAUUCGAGUCGGCCUUGAGCCCCAUGGGAGGGCCUCUGGGUGACCCUCUCAGAAGAAGCCAAGGCUCAGAUCCUUCAUCCUUUGCCCAGUCAUCGGGGUAUCAGCAGCGGCCGUAUCGACCACUUCAAGCCUACGAUCAAUCUCGAGUGCAGAUGAGGGGGCCAGCCUUUCAAUCCAUGUACGCGCAACCAUCCAUCUCCUCAAGCCCAGCCACGGCGCAAGGCACGUUCACCUCUUCUCGACAAUACCCGACACCUGGACCGACGCCCAUUCCCGGACAAGCACCAUCUUAUGGCCCUCCUCAGUCAGAGUCUGCAUUGAGAUCGAUUGCUUCUUCGUAUUCUGGCAUGUACAAUUAUCCUCCACCUCAAGGGCAAAUGAGACCUCCACCACAAAUGUCCUAUUCAAACCCAAUUUUCCCACGUCCGCCUGGUCCACCACCGAUGCAGUCCGAAACGCUUCCCCCCUUAGGCGGACCAUCCAGUCUACAGCUACCACCCAUACGACCUGCAGCUACCGGACCAAUAGAUCCAGCCAUCACUCAACAGCCACAACAAAUUGAACAGGGUCGUCACCGAUCUCAGGGUAGCAGCAACGAUGGGACACAGGAACCCGAUUCGAAGCGUCCAAAGAUGGAUAUCCAAGGAAUUUUGGGUCCCAAACAUGAGUGAUGAUGUUGUCCUCCUUGUGGUUAACGACGACAAUACUCCGAUGCAUUCCUUUCCUCACGAUGCAACGAACGCCUGGCAUGGCUUUAGACCGAAUAUUUCUUAUUCUAAUCAUGUACAACAAUUUCGCAAAGGUUUUUCGCGCCGGACGCGAGCACUUUUGUUGGCGAAGGCAUUUAGCUCCCAUGAUGAGCAAUGCGAAGAUCACCAAGGCCUCUCCUUCUCACACGUUAUUCUCAACAACCACAAUUAUCUUGUACAUACUUUAGCACUUGGGGAUGAGUUGGGACAGGCGUUACUGGUUUUGUUUCUGGAGCACGGCGGAAGAUACACAUC